GUGAGACUUUCUACGAACCACUUGAUGGCAGAACAUCCGGAUGAGAAUGAGCCAACACUAGACAUAUCAGCGCCAUUUGGUCCGGUCCUGACACCUCCAAUACUACAAGAUGCGAAUAUUCCUCCGCCAGAGACUUGCGUUAUAUGUCUCGAACACAUCUCCGAGAAAGCGAUAGCCCUGCCUUGUCGCCACGAGCAAUUCGAUUUCCCCUGCCUGGGCACAUGGCUUCAGCGCCAGCAAGUAUGUCCGCUAUGCAAGAGACAAGUCAAGGCCAUCAGAUUCAACUCCGGUGAAGGUGAAAGAGAUAAGGGAGGAAGCCAGGUCUUCUACCUUCCCGAAGCAGAGCCCUCGUCCUCGGAGAGGCGACGCUUCAGCACCGCAGCAGCGGCCACUGCACGACAUCGACGGGCAAGACAUGAACGAUCAUACGCAAGAGGAGGGCGACGCACACCUGCAGUGCCGUCCGCACAAGGGUCGAAGGACACUUCGCUCGAUGCCCGCAGGCAAGUCUACCGCCACAAGCUCUACUCUCUCCACGUCGGAACGAACCGUAUAUCUCGAUACCGAAACCUCACGCCGGCAUCUUUUACAAAGGAUGAGCGUCUGACAUCUCGGGCACGCAUGUGGAUACGUCGCGAAUUGCAAGUCUUCGACUUCUUGAACUCCAGUUCCCCUUCAUCUUCAAGCUCGGUCGCUGGAGGAGACCGACGAGCAAACAAUGCCGACUUUCUGCUAGAAUACAUCAUCGCCAUUCUCAAAUCAAUCGAUCUGAAAGGGAGCACGGGACAAGCCGAGGAAUUGUUAAAGGACUUUCUGGGCAGAGAGAAUACGAGGUUGUUCCUGCAUGACCUUGAAGCAUGGUUACGCAGUCCGUACGAGCAUCUGAGAGACUGGGACCGCGCCGUUCAAUAUCCAGCGCUGGCGGGUACAGAGUAUGAGGACACCACAUCUGAAUCGCAUUGUCGCCAUAGCGAGCUAAGCUCUUCUUCGGACCAGCGACACCAACGAAACGACGACAGGACGGCGACUGUGCCUCGAUGGUUUUCUGAUGAAUUCGUGCUCGGAGGCGAUGAUCACCGCAAUAGACCAAGUUGAGACGGAGAGCUUGAUGAACUUAGCUUUACCACUUCAAGCCACCGCCCCUGCUAAGGUAGUUUCUGCUUCAUAUGAAAGCAGUACUUGGCCAAGCAUAAUCUCGUACUUUCGCCACAGUCAUACACGAAUCGUAUGUCAGCCAAAAGGGCGGUCCGAAGAUAUCGCCACUCGACCGACUGAAGAGACGUAUAAGCUCGCGACAAGGCGAGCUCGAAUCCAUGUUGUUCAUCUGAUUGCGGGAGAAGCCGAAAAAGCUGCCACUCCUGCAACCAAGAGGGUUGGUUGUUGAAAUCACCAUCCUUCGCUCAUCCCACCCAUCACCGAUGAAGCAGGGGGUCAGAGCAUUGACGGGUCGAGGAGAAACUGUGGCCUUUCACACAUAUACCGUGCGGAAAGGGCAGAAUGUCGCGUCUGGUGAUGGAAGGGUGUUAUCAGACGAGUGAUGGUUAUGUCAUUGGCAGUCAGCAGCAACAUCACCCUCGUUAGCUGUAUGAGACUGAUGGAGUGACAAGCAGCAGGCCGCAGUAUUCUCUGAAUAGUCGAAUCUACUUGAGACGCUCGAGAGCUAUGCGGUAUGUCAUGAGCAAAGUGGGACGUGCUUCGUUUGACGCGCCUGAGAGCCAUGCGGUUUGCCACGAGUCGAGUGGGAACGUGCCUUGUUUGAACACUCCAAGCUUGUCCUUUGAACAAAUAAGUCAUCAAUUCAAUGUUGAAUUGUACAUAUUA